AUGGAGUCCUACUCGUAUCGGGCUGCCCAGGCCCGGUCCCCUAGUGAUCGAACCUGGGGCAAUCGUGAUACUACGCGCGGUGGCGAUGAUCGAGACGCGUACAGAUCGCGAUCUCCGGGUGUUGACCGCUCUCAUUCCCGCCGACGAUCUCGAUCCCCUCCUGCCGUCGACCGCUACGAACCUCGGAGCCGUGGCCGUGACGACUAUUCAACGCCUCGUGAUAGAGGCGAUGACCGAUCUCGUCGAGUCGGUUCGCCGCCAGCCAACAUCGAUAGAUACGUUCCUGGCCAGGACAACAUGAGUCCUGGUCUCACAGUCAACCCUAUUCCUGAUCCCGCGAAGCUCCCCUACCAGGUUGGGUUUUCCUACUUUGGCGAGUGGUGGCGAAUGAACGAAAAAAUCAAGGAAGAGAAGGAACGCGCUCGAGCCGGCCGCCGACGUGAGCCCGAGAGACCCCGUGGUCCUCGCGAGGUCCAGGAGGAACGUGAGCGUGAGAAGAUUAAGAUCCAGGCUGCGUACGACGCGUACAAGGAGGAACUCCAGGCGAAGAUGGCUAGAACCUUUGUCAACGAGCAUAAGAAGGAGCAGUGGUUCCGCGAGCGCUAUGUGCCCGAAGUCCGAGAUGCCUUCAGGCAACAGCUGAACGAAUUCCGCCGUGGUCUUUACAGCCAGUGGGAGCAAGACCUUGACGCGGGUGUGUUUGACGACUUCUCUCUCGAGGGUCUUCCUAAGAGUGAGAGCAACGGCGCUGGUGGGGUGGUUGAGAAGGAGGAGGGAGAGGCUACGGCCUCCAACGAAAUUCUCGGUGUUGGUGACCUAAUACCGGCGAAUGGAGCAGAUAUUCGUGACGAGUCGCUGUAUCAACCAACACUGCUGAUCAAGACGAUUGCGCCUCACGUUAGCCGUCAGAAUUUGGAAUCAUUUUGCAAGGAACAUCUGGGUGAAGGAGAAGGUGGCUUCAAGUGGCUUUCCCUCUCGGAUCCUAAUCCUAGCAAGCGGUAUCACAGAAUCGGUUGGGUCAUGCUACACCCAGGUGUGGAGCAACCAGCUACAGUGGACCGGCCUGAUCCCAAGGACGAGGAUGGCGAGAUGUCAUUGGAGUCACCCAAGCCGGUAUCUACUGCCGAUAAGGCACUAGAGGCGGUGAACGGCAAGACGGUGAAAGAUGAAGUCAGAGGUGACUUUGUCUGCCACGUCGGUGUUCACAACCCGCCCAAGGAACCAAGAAAGAAGGCACUCUGGGAUCUCUUCUCUGCACCCGAGAGAAUCGAAAAGGAUCUCGGCCUCGCUACGAAGGUGGUUAGCAAGCUUGAAGAGGACUUCGGUUCCGACUUUAAUGCCGUGCUUAAGGUUGAGGAGAGAGUGGACGAGCUUAAGAACCUAGGCCGUCUCCAGCCUUCCGUUCCUGUAACCAGGACAAAGAAGGUCAAGAAGCAGAGACAGCUGGGCAUGGACGAAGCCCUCGAUGACGAGGGUGAGGAGGAGGGUGGCAUGGAGGAGGAUGAGGAAGAGGAGGGCGCAGUUGACGAAGAUGAUGACGUCGACGACGAGGAUCUUCUUAUGAAGAAGAAGCAGCUCGACCUAUUGAUCGAGUAUCUCCGUCGCGUCUUCAACUUUUGCUUCUUCUGCGUUUUCGAAUGCGACUCCAUCCACGAACUUACCCGAAAGUGCCUGGGCGGUCAUCUUCGUCGCCCUCGCAGCACGUUGUCCACUGCUGCCAAGGCAGUUGCCCGUGCUACCGUCAACGGGGAGCCAUUCCCAGGCAAGAAGCGCAACGAAGCGCAGGAGGAGGGAGAGGCUGAGCCCCAAGAGGGAGGAGAUAAGAAAUUCCGCACAGCGUCGGCUAAAGCUGAGCAGCAGCUUCUUCGUGCGUACAACUGGGUCAAGACAUUCGAGGAUAAGAUCAACCAGAUCCUCGACCCAGAAUCAGUUGAUCUGCGCAAGCUGGGCGGACGUCCUAUUGAGCAGGCUCUUGACGACGAACUUGCCAAGUUUGUUAAGCAAGAGGACGAGCACAAGUGGCGAUGCAAGAUACCUGAGUGCACGAAGCUGUUCAAGGAAGAGCACUUUUGGAAGAAGCAUGUGGAGAAGAGACAUACUGAAUGGUUUGAUAAUCUCAAGCAAGAGUUUGAACUCAUCAACGCAUAUGUGCUAGAUCCAUCCCAUAUUGCGCCUUCCCGCACAGACGCCAACUCCAAUGGCCACUUCCCUCAGGCUAACGGGCAGGGAAAUACGGGGACUCCCCGGGGAUUCAACUUGCAGAAUUUUACUAUGAAUGGCAUGAUGGCGUCUAUGCCAAGCUUCCCGAUGGCUCCGGGUGCCUUUCCCCCCUUGUUCGUGGGCCAUACCAUGCCUGCCGGUGGCUGGAAUGCUCCGGGAGAUGACCGCGGCGCUCAAGGGGGCCAAGGUCCCAUCCGGCGAGGUGGGAUGCAUGGGGGGCGUGGUGGCUCGUAUCGCAGUGGCCCCUAUGAUCGCCGAGGAGGUGGUAGAUGGGACGGGUCUCAGUCCGGAGGUAGACACCGAGGUGGUGGAGGUCGCUGGGGAGACGGUGCCGCUGGCGGUGCGGCGGUCGGCCCCAGGGAAGCUGUUCAGGGACGCAGCUUGAAGAGCUACGAGGACCUUGACCAUGCUGCUGGUGGAGGCGGUGAUGAACUGAACUACUAG